GAAAGGAUUGUAUCGUUUAAUAUUAUCCAAACUUCGAUCAAGGUCAAGGUCCAAGUCUAGUUGUGUCUUUGUUGAGUCAUUAUGAUGCGCUAUUGGGGUGAGAUCCCAGGACCUUCAGGGGCUCCCCCCAGUCGCAGCUCCUUCGACUUGCUCCAACGCGAGUUUCGCUCUGUGGAGGUGCAGGAUCCUCCCCUGCACCAGCCCUCAGCCCAGCGUCCACGCCCCACCACCAUGCUAGACAUCCCCUCAGAGCCCUGCAGCCUCACCAUCCACACUGUACAACUGUGCCAGCAUGCCCGCCGCCUCCGUACUCUUCUGGCAGCAGCGCAGUUUCAGGGUCAGAGCUCGACAUCCUCUGAGGGUGGCAACCGGCUGGAGGAGGCUGAUGCCAGCUUGCCUCGACGUCCUCCAACCCCUCCUGCCAUGCCAGAUGAUCUGCUGCCUGUAGACAGCAAAGCCCCACGUCAGCCCUUUCAGCUUUGCCAUAGUGACCCUGAGAGCGACUUCUAUAAAGGUAAAGGUGAACCAGUCACAGAACUGAGUUGGCCGUCCUGCAGGCAACUCCUUUAUCAGUCAGUAGCCACGGUGCUAGCCCACGCUGGCUUCGAGUCUGCCCAGGAAAGUGUGCUGGAGACCCUGACAGACCUGGUUCAUGAGCAUUACCUCCAAAUCACCCACCUGCUGCGAGUAGCAGUGGAUCGCGAAGCUCGACAGGGAUCUAGUCCUUUCCCGGAUGUGGUAGAGCAAGUGUUCCAUGAGGUGGGCAUCGGCAGCGUGUUGGCCCUGCAGCGCUUCUGGCAAGUGAGGAUCAAGGACUAUCAUACCUUCAUGCUGCAGGUAACUAAGGAGCUGUCAGAGGAAUACGAGCGACUGGUGAAUCCAGAGAAAGCUCUAGAAGACUCCAAACCCCUGAGGAUUAAAGAGGAACCCAUGAGUGACAUCUCCUUCCCCGUUAGCGAGGAGCCUGAGGCUGACCUGGCAUCUGGGGAUCAGGCUUUGCCUAUGGGGGUACUUGGAGCACAUGCUGAAAGACUAACUUCAGGCCUGGAUGGUGACCAUUCUCCACAUGGCACAGGGGGCAGCGUGGCCAACAACUCCCCUCUGUGGCCCCAGGUGAAAAUGGAACCGCAAGAUGGCGAUGAAGGUCCAGGUGUUAGCCACCAUCACCAUCAUCACCACCACGGAGCCCUGAGUGGAGAUGUAUUUGAAGAGGGAGGACCCAUGUCCACCAUGAGUGAAUCAGGAGGAGCCAUGGCACCGUCACCGGGAGGAGUGGCGUCUGACAGCAGCUAUGGUUCACAUUCGCCAGAUUCCCUUAUGGGCACCUCGCCUGUCUUCAACCAGAGACCCAAGAAACGGGUGAAGAAGAUGUGAUGAUUUUUGCAAGGAUGAAAGAAGCUCAACAGACUGAAAUUUUCUCCCAUGUUUUUAUUCCAUCAGUGAGAAAAGAACUGGACUCAAAGACGAGGCAAUGAAAAUCGCUGACUCAUUCAGUGAGGA